UGCUGUUUUCCACUUUUCCAGGUGGGUUGACUCUACACCAAUUCCCCAGAGACACGUUAGGAGUAAAGCAGUCCCUUUCCCUCACCAAGAUUGGGGGGGAAAAGCGAGGAGCAGAUUGUGUGAUUUAUCCCAACUCUCCUCCUCCUGAAGGAGCUUUAGCGCAGAGAGGAGAGAACCACCAAGAGUCCCUCCAUCCUUCCAGCUGCCACCGUCUCUGCAGAGCGCGCGCGUGGAGGACCAGACACACGCACGAGUGCACAUUCGGCGCACACAUCCCAUAAACACAAACGUGCACGACGAGAGGGAGAGAGUGAGCGUGAGUGAGUGGGUCACAUGCACUCUCUGCAGGCUGCAGGAUCUCGCCACUGGUCCAUGAAUGUGCGCGUCCAGCCCGCCUCGUCCUUCUCCGAUCAGACCCGGGACGGCAAUGACGGGAUACCGAGCGCUGUGAUCUCACAGAGGCAGCUUGAGCCCCCACCACCAUGCGCGGUGGGGCCAGCAGAGAUUGCAGUGCAGAAUCAGCCGCAGGCGCACGCACAAUGAAGACUGGAUUACUACAACAUUGAUGUUCUUUGCUGCUGCGCCGUCACCAAGUGAGAACAACGUGGGAUUCCACUCAGUUAUUUUUAUUUUUCUGGGCAGGGGGACACGGUGGAAAUUAUUGCUCUCCAGAUAUUUGGUGGUUUGUUUCCCCUCCUGCCGUGCAGUGUUGGAGAGUGAGCACCAUCAGAGGCUGCAUGGUUUCUCGGAGGGAAGAGGGGACUGUUGCAAUGUCAUCUCACGCCACUCUUUUGGAGCUCCGUGGAAGGAAGAUGCUGGGCUGAAGUGGUUCGGAAGUAUGUCCCUCAGCAGCAAAAGAAGCAAGAGGAGGAGUAGAAGGUGCAGCGGUGGCAGCCGUGGCAGUGGUCGUCACGCCGUGCUGUUUUCCUUAGCUCUAUUGGUGGUGGUGACCUUCAUCGCCGACCCUGUGGCAGCUCAAAAGCAGCGAGGAGGUGCCUCUGAAAAAGUGCCGGUCCUAAAUAUCGCCGUGAUUCUGGGGCGCACGCGUUACAUCUCUGACCGGGACAUCCGGGCGCUGUGGAGCAAGGAGGAGCCCGUUGACGUCAACGUGGUCUCGCUGCUCGUUAAUGAGACGGACCCAAAAAGCAUCAUCACCAACAUGUGCGACCUGAUGUCUGGGACAAAGAUCCACGGUGUGGUGUUCGGGGAUGGCACAGACCAGGAGGCCAUUGCCCAGAUAUUGGAUUUUAUUUCCUCGCAGACGCUCAUACCCAUCCUGGGCAUCCAUGGAGGCUCGUCCAUGAUCAUGGCUGAUAAGGAUGUAAAGUCCACAUUCUUCCAGUUUGGAGCGUCCAUCCAGCAGGAGGCUCUGCUGAUGCUGAACAUCAUGGAGGAGUACGACUGGCACAUUUUCUCCAUCGUUACGUCAAAGUUCCCCGGCUACCAGGAGUUUAUCAACAUUCUCAAAACCACGGUGGACAACAGUUUUGUGGGCUGGGACCUGCAGAACAUCAUCACUCUGGAUGCAGUGGAGGAAGACAGCCGGUCUCAGAUCAUGCUGAAGAAGGUCCAGUCACCGGUGGUCGUGCUCUACUGCUCCAAGGACGAGGCUGUCUACAUCCUGGAGGAGGCUCGCUCUCUGGGCCUCACGGGCUUCGGUUACAUCUGGAUUGUACCGUCUCUGACCACGGGCAACCCGGAAAUAACACCCGAAGAGUUCCCAUCAGGAAUGAUAUCCGUCUCGUACGAUGACUGGGAUUAUCCGUUGGAGGCGCGCGUGCGCGACGGCCUGGGGAUCAUCACGUCAGCGGCGGCAGCCAUGUUGGAUGAGUACGGCGACAUCCCCGAAGCCAGGACGUCUUGUUACGGCCAGAUGGAAAAGACGAGCAAGCUGCCACCGAGUGCUCUGCAUAAGUACAUGAUGAAUGUGACAUGGGAAGGAAGAGACUUGUCAUUCACAGAAGAUGGAUACCAGGAGCAUCCCAAGCUGGUGGUGAUUGUGCUCAACAAGGAGAGAGAGUGGGAGAAGAUGGGGAGGCUGGACAACGGCAGCCUGACACUGAAGUACCCGGUGUGGCCGCGCUUCAACUCUUUCGGCGACGCGGAGCUCGACGACAACCACUUAUCCAUCGUCACAUUAGAGGAGAAGCCUUUUGUCAUCGUGGAGGACGUUGAGAGACUGACCGGUACCUGCAUGAGGAACUCUGUGCCCUGCAGGAAACAUAUCAAAGACAACACGACUGAGGCUGGUGGGACAUACAUCAAAAAGUGCUGUAAAGGCUUCUGCAUUGACAUUUUGAAGAAGAUAGCCAAGUACGUCAAGUUCACCUAUGACCUGUACCUAGUAACCAAUGGCAAACACGGAAAGAAGAUAAACAAUGUCUGGAAUGGGAUGGUGGGAGAGGUGGUCUAUAAGAAAGCCGUCAUGGCCGUCGGAUCUCUGACGAUCAAUGAGGAGCGUUCUGAGGUCAUCGAUUUCUCCGUCCCGUUCGUGGAAACUGGUAUCAGCGUCAUGGUGUCCCGUAGUAACGGAACCGUGUCCCCUUCAGCCUUUCUCGAGCCAUUCAGUGCAUCAGUGUGGGUGAUGAUGUUUGUGAUGCUCCUACUGGUGACUGCAAUGGCUGUUUUUAUGUUUGAAUACAUCAGUCCUCUUGGCUUCAACAGAAACCUGGCACAGGGAAAAGACCCUCAUGGUCCCUCCUUCACCAUGGGCAAGGCUGUGUGGCUGCUCUGGGGUCUGGUUUUCAACAACUCUGUCCCGGUCCAAAAUCCAAAGGGAACCACCAGCAAGUUCAUCGUGUCUGUGUGGGCCUUCUUCGCUGUCAUCUUCCUGGCUUCCUACACUGCCAACCUGGCCGCGUUCAUGAUCCAGGAAGAGUUUGUUGACCAAGUCACCGGGCUUUCUGACAACAAGUUUCAGAACCCGUACGCUUACUCGCCUCCAUUCCGCUUCGGCACCGUUCCAAAUGGAUCCACUGAAAGGAACAUCAGGAAGAACUACCCGUCCAUGCACCAGUACAUGGUGAAGUAUCACCAAACAGGAGUUCAGGAUGCACUUGUCAGCCUCAAAUCUGGUAAACUGGAUGCCUUCAUCUAUGAUGCGGCAGUGUUGAACUACAUGGCUGGCAGAGAUGAGGGAUGUAAGCUGGUGACCAUUGGCAGCGGGUACAUCUUUGCCACCACCGGCUAUGGCAUCGCUCUGCAAAAAGGCUCCUACUGGAAGCGGCAGGUGGACCUGGCCAUCUUAGCCAUCAUUGGAGAUGGUGAAAUGGAAGAAUUAGAGGCUCAGUGGCUGACGGGUAUUUGCCACAAUGAGAAAAACGAGGUGAUGUCCAGCCAGCUAGACGUGGACAACAUGGCGGGGGUCUUCUACAUGCUGGCCACCGCCAUGGGGCUCUCCCUCAUCACCUUUGUCUCUGAGCAUCUCUUCUACUGGAGGCUCAGAUACUGCUUCACCGGGGUCUGCUCGGGCAGGCCGGGUCUCCUCUUCACUAUCAGUCGGGGUAUCUGGAGUUGCAUCCAUGGAGUUCACAUAGACAUGAAGAAAAAGACAGAUCUGGACUUUAGUCCGCAAGACAAGAUGCUGAAGCUCAUCAAGUCAGCCAAGCACAUGACCAACAUGUCCAACCUGGCUGGCUCCCACAUGAACUCGCCCAAACGUGAGUUCAUGCACUCCGCCGGUCCCAUGAUCAUGGACAUGAUGGCAGAGAAGGGCAACUUCAUAUAUGCCGACAACCGAAGCUAUGCUCCCAAAGAUAUGAUGUACGGGGACACGGGUGACCUGCAGUCCUAUCUUGCUAACCGCCACAAGGACCAUCUGAACAACUACAUCUUCCAGGGAGGCCAGCAUCCUCUGACCUUGAAUGAUGCAAACCCCAACUCGGUAGAGGUGGCGGUUAGCGCGGAUGCGGUCCAGACCAACGCCAAACCGCCACGGACCUUGUGGAAGAAGUCGGUUGACACGCUCCGCUCUGUGCCACCCGGAUCCUCGCCCAUGCCGGACAUGCUGAUGCCGGACCCACGAAUGUCAAUGAAGACGCAACGCUACCUCCCCGAGGACACGGCCCACUCUGACAUCUCCGACUGCUCCAGCAGAGCAGCUUCGUACAAGGACCCAGAAAACAACAAGCACCUGAAAGGCAAGGACAACUUAAAAAAAAGACCCGUGACUUCAAAAUACCCAAGAGACUGUAGUGAGGUUGAGCUGUCCUACUUAAAGACGAAGCAGGUCAGCGGCGGAACCAACCAACUUGGUCGAGGAGCUGGAGAGAAAAUCUACACCAUCGACUCAGACCGAGAGAUGAGCUUGCACUCAGACCCCAUACACUACCGCGAGAGUCGUGGCCUGGCAGCGGAUGAUUUGGAAUAUCCUGAAAUCUACUCGGACCACAGCGAUAACUAUCGGAAAUGUGAGCAGCCCAUCAUCCAUCUGAACUCAUCACCGCUGCAUCACACAGAUUCGGAUCUUCUACCGGACCCAACUUAUGCGAAACACUACAACCUGAAAGAGAAAAACCUUUCCCUGUCCCCACAUGAAUCGAUCGACCGCUACAAACAGACACACUGCCGUUCCUGCUUGUCAAAAGUGACUGCUAGCUACCCUCCGGCGGGGGCUUACACCCCUACGGGAUCUGCCUCGGCCUCUGCUACUACCCGCUCACCCUAUAAUCGAUGUGAAGCGUGUCUCCACCAGGCAAACCUGUAUGACAUUAGUGAGGACCAGCUUCUUGCGGACCCCUUGGUCAGUCCCACCAUGCACCACCAACAGCCGCAGCAACCGGAUGAAAUGUUUGGUCUGUAUUGGCCACAAACAGACGGGCCGCAUGUCCAGAAGAGAAACCGCUUGAGGCUGAAUCGUCAGCACUCCUUUGAUAACAUAUUGCUAGAAAAGCCCAAGGAUGUGGACCUGGGUCGACCAGCACGCAGUGUCAGCCUGAAGGAGAAAGAUCGCUUUCUGGACUCCGCGUCUGACUCGCAUUACGCAAACCUCUUCAACAUGCGUCCCUAUUCCGGCAGACUGUUCGGCACCACAUCCAAAUCCAUGAUGUUUAACCACAACCUGGAGGAGAGCAAGAGGAGCAAGUCCCUGUACCCGGCCCAUGGCUCGGAAAACCCUUUCCUCAGCCACUCGCUGAGGGACGACACCAGCAGCAGACUGGUCCACGGGCGUAGCUCCUCCGAUAUUUACAAACAGGUGGCAGUGGCUUCGCCAGCAUCGAUCCUCGGAGCAGCCCCCAUCAAAACGCGCAACGAUGCGAACAAUCUCCGCUCUUCCGUGAAAUCCACCACCUCGUACUGCUCACGGGACGGGCGGAUAGCUAACGACAUGUACAAUAAGGAGCAUGUAAUGCCUUACUCUGCCAAUAAGACUUGUGCGUACCCAGCCUCGCGUGGCGUCCUAAACUCAGCCCAAUUCAGCAAUAGACGAGUGUAUAAAAAAAUCCCUAGUCUGGAGUCAGAUGUUUAGUCGGAAGUCAUGUUUUCUCCUCUCUGGGUUUGUAUUAUUCUCAUUUGUUAUCCACUAAGGGAUGCCAUCGCCACACUUUUCUUCUCUUGACAUUGUAGUCUAAAAGAACCUUCGCCCAUUUGAGUGUGACAGUGCUGCUUCUGUCACCGCAGAUGAUAUCACAAUCGUUGUCCGUUCUCUGCCAUGGACUAAUCAGUUGGCUGCUGUAGAUCGUACUUUGUCAUUUUGUGUCUUGCCGCCCUUGGGAGAUUAAUUAUUGGCUCCCGCAGUUUUGGUAGGAGGCGCGGUUCCAGAGAACGUCUGAGAGUUCUUGUUGAGUUGUGAUCAGAAUGAAUGAAGAAACAUGACGGAGGUUCCCAAGUAAUGUAACGAGGAAGAAAAAUGAAUGGAAGAGAAUUUGAGUCCAUAUAUCCAACCUUUUCUGUCACGUGGUUGAACAGGGAGACCAGAUGGGUACAUGUGGUGCUUUGGCCAGACAUGGGGGGGCUUCCCGGGAGAGCAGGGCACCAUGAUGAGCUGGUCAAACAGUCUGCUGCUUGUUAGGCUGACAAAUAUGGCGACGGCGACGCCUGGCAGAGUACAAGUGAGCGGAAAUGGAGAUGAAUGGUUAAAUGGAACUGAGCAGUUGUUCAGACCAAAGUGGAGAAGAUGCAGUAGGUGUUACCAAUGAAUAAUGUUUACAGACUGAAAAGUACUGCUUUCUUUGAUUCUAGAAACUAUAAGCUUUCUUCCAGAUUCUGGCACUGGAAUCCACCUAUGUAGGCUUUGAGUGUUUGCUUCAUAGUUAGCACAAUAGCCAUUAGUUUUUCAAACCUCUUUCCUACAAUUGCUUUAAAAAAAAAAAAAGCUAUGCUUUUGAAAAAGACAAGGUUCUUUUUGCACGCGCAGAUAUUUUCCUGUUGUAGUUUAGAGAAAAAAACCCACACAUACUCUGAAGUAUAUUUUCCAUCUUUUUGAAAAAGGGGCCAUCUCCUGCCAGAUGUGGCUGAUGGACGUUUGUACAAUCGAAACUUUGACCUUAGUAGAUCAGUGUCAAGCUGAGAGGCUGCUGCUGCUGCAAUAGAGCAAGAGUGGUGAAGGGGAGGAGCAAAGAGUUGACUAGCAAUGGCAAAAACGACCAAAUGCAUCUGAAUUGUCAAGUGGAUGCAUUUUUUUCUUUCUUUGACCACCUUGCCAAUAAUAAACAGGGUAUUAGUUAUUAGAAAAAACAGGUGAGCCGCUCUGUCCAUGCUUGAUAGACAUGACACAUCACUGGGUGUAGAAUUGCCUCCCUGCUGCUAUCAUUUUUACAUGAAAUGCAGUAUCUGAGCCAGGGGUGUCCAAAGUGCCACCCUGGAUCCAUUCGAGGCCUUCAGUUGGCCCACAGCACAUUCUGUCAUAAAAUUUAACAAGGACAAAAAAGCAAAAUGGCAAAAUCAGCAGUAGUUUGACAAGGAUAAGGUCAAAAUAUUAGGAGAACUCUAACGAGAAAAGUUGUAUUUUUACCAGAAUUCCGUCAUAAUAUUAGGAGGAAAGUCAUAAGAUUAUGAAAAACACACAAAAUAAUGAAUAAAGAAUACAUUUUUGAAAAGGAGGUUGCGGGAAAAGUCAAAAUGUUACAGGAAGUCAAAAAAUUAUGCGACUAAAGUCACGAUUACGAGGAAAUACAUUUUUUUUUUUGGAAGAUUUAGAAAAAAAAACAGCUGAAAUGGAAAAAACAAUUUUAAGUCAAAUUAUUAAAAAAGAAAAGAGUUGUAAUCUCAUGAGUGUUUUUUUUUACGAAAAUAACCUCAUCAUAUUAUGAGGAAGAAUAACGUCAUUUUAGCAACAUAAAGAUGAACUAUUAAAGAAAUAAGUAAGUAAAUAAGAUUUUUAAAAUUCGUAACAGCAUGAAAAACAAACAAAAUAACAAAGUUGUAAUUGGUUGUGGUAAAAGUUGUAAUCUUACAACAAAGUGGAAAUAUCGUGGGAAUAAAGUAAAGAAAAUUUACAAGAAGAAAGUUUAAAAUUUGGGGGGAAAAAACAGUAGAAAUGGAAAACACAGCUGCACAAGUAAAGUCAAAAUAUUAAGAGAACAAUGUUCUCAUCAAAUCAAAGUGCAUUUUUACAGUAAUAACAACAACGUAAUAUUAAGAAGAAAAUAUUAUGAGGAAAAAAAUGUAGCAUAAACAAUAUUAAAGAAAUAAGACGUUAUUUUCCUAAUAUAAUAUUUUGUAAUAUUAUUGUGAAUCCAUAAUGUUAUGUAAAGCACAAAAUAACAAAAAAAGUUGUAAUUUUUGGAAAAAGUUACGAGAAUAAGUCCAAAAAUUAUGGGACUAAAGUCAUAAUUACGAGAAGAAAAUGUACUGUUAAAAAAACCCAGCAGAAAUGGAAAAAAAGCUGUAAUUUUAUGAGAAUAAAGUCAAAUAAUCUUUUCAAUGAAGUCAUAUUUUAAUGAGAAAAAAAUGUCGCAAUUUUGCAAAAAAUAUAUAUAUAUAUUAUGAUGAAAAAUGUCAUUUUAAUAGAGCUGGAAUAUUAAAGAACAAAUAUGACUAAUUCCUAAUAUUACAAAAAACAAACAAAACAAAAUAAAGUUUUGGGUUUUUUUUUUUGGGGGGGGGGGGGAGUCAUAACAUUGUGAGAAGAAAAUGUAUGAAGUUUAUUUAAGAAGAACGUUGAAAUGUUUGGAAAAUUAAAAAAAAAAAGUGCAAAGUUGACAUGAAUAAUAUGCUUUUUCACCUGCAGUACGUCACAAAGCUGAGAUGCAGUUUUUUCUUCUUGAAAUAUACUCUAUAUAACGUGUUAGCAUAUCCACAUGUGUUGCUUUACAGAAUGUCAAAGUGGCAUCCUUUCAUUUUUCACUGUGUGAAAAAAGUUUGGACACCCCUGGUCUGGACUUUUAGUUGAAACCUGACCAUCACUUCCUUGGUUCCUGAUUCUUUGUGACGUAUGUGUGACGUGAGCAGGGCGAGACGUAGCGGAGGAAGUCUUGUGUGUGCAUGGCAGCCCUUGGAUAAGCUUGAAGAUGAAAACCAACAACAAAAAAAAAACCUUCCUCUUCUUAAUGCAUUUUUGUUCAUGUUAUUUUUGCCAUAGUUUAGAGGAAAAAGUCUCGCACAUGCACAUACUUCCAUGUCAACAUUUCUUCUUUUUAACCGCUUCAAAAUGUACAGUUUGGAAAAAUAGAAGCGUCUUAUCUGUUUGAUGGAUUGGAAUUCACAUGGACAAAUCGUAUCCAAUGAAAUACCUCAGGAUGAUGAGUGUGCAUUUUGGGGGUGGGCUUGGGUGGGGUCUUCAACCAUAGCAUCACAAGAAGACACUAAAUAUUUUGUAGAAAAGAACCAAAAAAGUUGAAAAAAAUGUUUAUAGCGGCAGCAAACAUAACCAAACCUUUUUUUCUUUUCCUUUUGACAUUUCAAGGUCUUCCAAGUGAGGAGGAAAAGGAGGGCUUGUGUUUUCAUGUCGGAGGGGAGUGCAUUGCCACCCCUUGCCAAAAUGUGCACUUCAAGAGAAUGACGGAUGUUACAUAAAUGUCCAAAAAAAAUCCAGCAGCCCUUUUAUUUAUUUCUUUAUUUGUGUAUUUAUUUCUAUGAUGGCCUUUGACGCCACCAACCACGGUCAUAUCACCUUUUCAUACUCUUGGAAUAAUUCCCUCCUUUGCUUCAGCUUACCCGACUGACUGAUGAGCAAUAUGUCGUCCUUAUUUAUUUUUUGCAUCUUAUCUGCAUAUUUAUGAUUAUUAACAUAUAUAUCCACGCACACUGACGCCGUGAGCUGACGAGUGAACAAUAUUCACGUGUAUAAAAACAACAACAAAAAGAUAUCAAGCAGCACUCUUGCAUUUUUAUCAUGGACUCAUGACAGUUUGUUCUGUUCUUUCUACUUUUGCAGAACUGUCAUGUAAACUGAUGCUGUUUUACGUUGGAACACGCGCGCACCCAAACGCACCCUUGUGAUGACAACCCUGCUCUUUUUAAUGGCAAAAAUGUAUUUUAAUUACAUUUAAUGAUAAAUAAUGAGGUGAUGGCAUGCAACCCCAGAUGUAACAAUGUUUUAUGUUUCUGUUUUUGGUUUCAUUUUGUCAUGAUGUUAUGAUCACUAAUGCGUUGUAACCAGGUGUGAGUAUAUACAUAUUUGAGAGAGAAGGGGGGGGGAUUAUCUAUGUUUAACACGGUGCAGAUGCUGCUGCUGUGUGGGGGGAGUGGGGAGAAGAUGGGGGUCCUGACCUCAUUGCCACUCACACGUUGGCUUAAUGCAGGGGUGUCCAAAGUGUGGGCCGGGGGCCGUCUGCGGCCUGCGUUUUUUUUUUAUUGGGCCGCAGCACAUUCUAAAAAUAGAAUUUAACAAGAAAACUUAAAAAAAAAAAACCCAGCAGAAAUGUAAAAAACAGCAAUGAUUUGACAAGAAUAAAGUCAAAUUAUUACGAGAAAAGAAGUUAUAAUUAGGGAAGUCCGAUAUCGGCAUUUUUGCGAUUUCCGAUUCCGAUAUCAACCGAUAUGUGUAACAUCACAUGUCUCCUGUCGUGGAAUUAACACAUCUUUGUCGUAUUUUUGUUUUUUCUCCAUUGACUAUUUAAGUGUCAAUUGAGUGUUUUGGGGGGUUUUUCGGUGCCGUCUGUCCCUGUUGCUCGCACCAGCGGUGCGGCAGCACGCUGUAAUCGUUUCCACACCACACUACAAAUCGCAUGUGCACAGUACUUCCGGGCCCAAAUUAACAUUUUGCACCAUCAGAUUUGAAUGAAAUUUCAUCUGUGAAUUUAUAUCCUACAUACCUUUUAUUGUCCUGAAGUUGGACUUCACUUUCACAGCACUCGUAGGCGAUGACUCGAUGUGGUCCAGCACUCGGCAUAAAUCCGAUACGAAACCGAAGAGGAAGAAGUCAUCUACCUAACAAACAUGCAUACGAAUGAAAAUACAGACGAUAUCCUACGUGGAUUGUAACAUUCCUACUUGUUACCAGAUACCUGCGGCUUGACGACGCGGUUUGAUGAGGUCAUCAUAUGCGCACCAGAUAACACGGUAGCCCAUCGGCCUAUAUGCAGCAGUUUUUCAAAUCGUUUUUCAUCCUGUGGGAAAAAAACCCAUACCGAUAUUGACCGAUAUUUCUUUUUUAUGCCAACAUCGGACAUCCCUAGCUAUAAUCAGCCAGAAAAGUCGUAAUUUUACGAGGUAGAACAAAAAUGUCAAAAAUGUGGCUUAUUUUUUUAAAAGUGGUAAUAUUAUGGAAACCAAACACAAUCACGAAUAAAGUUGUAAUUUUUGGAGAAUAACAUUAAAAAUAAACUCUAAAUAUUAUGGGAGUAAAAUAAAGUUGUAAUUACGAGAAAAAGAUUUACUCGAAGAACACUGACAUUUUUGGAAAAAAAAAAGAACAUCAGAAAUGGAAAAAAAACAGCUGUACUUAUACAAGACUAAGGUCAAAAUAUCCAAAGAAAAAACUUAUAAAUGUCAUUUUAUGAGAAUAACGUUGUCAUAUUAUCAGGAAAAUUGAUUAAAAUGUAUUAGUUCCUUAUUUUAGUAGAAUAAAGUUGAGAAAUGAAAGAAAGUCAUAAUAUGAGAAACAAAACACUGAACAAGUGCAGCAUCACGGUCUGGGACUGCAUGAGUGCUGCCGAAAAAUUGUAAUUGUAUGUUACAAGAAUAAACUUUGGAAAAUAAAAUUUGUCAUUUUAGUGGCAUAAAAUUGAAAUAUAAUUUUUUUUUAAAGUUGUAAUAUUAUGAGAAACAAACAAGACAAAAUAAAGUUGUCAUUGUUGGAAAAUUAGGUUGCCUAAAAAGUUCUAAUGUUUCAAGAAUGAAGUCAAAAUAUUAUAGCAAUAAAGCGUCUGAAUUACCAGAAAAAAAAUUAACAAAUAGUUAAGAAAAUAACAGCAAAAAUGUUUUUUUUAAAUUUUUUUUAUUUUACAAGAAUAAAGUCAAAAUAUCAAGAGAAAAAAAGUUGUAUUCUAGCAAGGAAAAAAAGAAUAAACUUGGAAUAUUAUGAGGAAAAUUAAUGUCAUUUUAGUAGCAUAGAGUUGAAAUAUUAAACAAAAUUCAAAGUCAUAAGAUUAUAAGAAACAAGACAAAAUAAAGUUGUCAUUUUUGGCAAAUUAGUUUGGGAAUAAGUUGUAAUAAUAAGGGAAUAAAGUCAUGACAUCACGAGAAGUAAAUUUACCAAAUUAUUUAAGAAGGAAGUAGAAAUAUUUGGAAAAUGUAAAACAGCAACAGCAAAAAAUGGGAAAAACGGAGCAAAGAUCGAAGUUUUUUCAAGGGGUUUUUCUUGAAAUAUAUACUGUAUAUGUAACUUGUUAGCAUAUCUACACGUGUUGCUUUACAAAUAUCAAAGUGGCAAAGUUGCAUCCUUUCAUGUUUCACUAUGUGGCCCUCACUGGGAAACGUUUGGACACCCCUGCCUUAACGGGUCCAUCAUCAGGCCCUGUUUCGCUUGAUGGAGUAGCAGGUGGGAGUCAAGGGCUCGGCUCGGUUCGGUUUGGCACGGCGGGGCAUCCUUGCUCUUCCUUUUCCUCUGUGGCAGGUGAGAAUUUGAAGAUGUGUCACCGGCUCUGCUUCUCUCUUUCUACUCCUUCCUGUAUAGUCAGGACUUCAGCUGUGAAGAAGACAAAAAAAUCAUUAGAAAGGGAAAAACUGAGUCCGCUCUCCCUCCAAAGAUACUUUCUUUAUGCUUUGCUGUAAGAAAAGCUUUCUUUUUUUUUUUAACAAAGAAAGGUUAAUUUGGGUAAACUACAAAUUCCUCAAAGACAUUUAAGGAACUAUUUUGAAUAUAUUUAGAAAUGACACCUGUAAACAUCACUUGUAAAUGACUACGGGAAUACAUCAUCAUGGAGAAUUACACAUGAUAAAGAGUAAAACAUAUUUUUUGUGUGAAUUUCACAGGAGCUCUUCUGUACAGUGGCACUCUCUCUCUCUCAUCUCUCUCACUCUCUCUCUCUCUCUUUCUCGCUUUCUCUCUCUCUCUCUCUCUGUAGAGCGACUAGAAUAAAACUUCACCAUUCACAAGA